AUGGAUGCAGUCAAAAACCGAUUUAAUGUGUCAAAAUCAUCUUGCGGGGCAAAUAUUAAUAGCAAAAAGUGGUUUAGUGCUACCGAUGAACUGAAACGGAAGGGUGGUUACACACAGUACAACGAAAGUUUCGCUCGAAUCGGCAAAUAUAUUCAGGCUUCAGAAGUUGGUCGUUUUCAUUUUUAUUGUGCUGCAUGUGAAGCAGAUUUUUCGUUAGCAAAAAUGGGACCACGAGCUGUGGAACGUCAUGUGCAGUCAACAAGGCAUAAAAAAAUUGUUGCUGCACUCGGUAUGAAUCCACAGGAAUUCAACAGUUCCGAUUCGAUGAGUCCAUUAACCUCGGUGGAAGCUAUGUUGGCAUCAUCGAGUACAUGUACAAACAGAAAUUUAUUUUAUGAUAUUGAUACCUCAACACCGGUUGAUAUAUUUGACGUUCGAUCCGGUGAUACAGUACCGGGUGUUUGUGCUCCAUUACAGUCGGUUUUACAAACCACGAUGGCAUCAAACGAGUCUUAUGCAAGAUGCGGUGGUACAGCGAACGUAAUUUGCGGGUCUGAAACUGAUUUAAGUUUAGCAGUAAAAAAAGAAGUUAUGGUGUCUGACACCACUGCCAAUAACGCGAAUCGGCGUAAUGAUACGUUGGAUAAAAACGAUCCAGAAAAUAGCGGGUAUACCGAUUCACGAAAUUUAUCGUUAACAACACCCUUAGACGGUCCCUCAGCUAUCGUUGUAAACGAAAAUGGUUUAACGAAUUCAGAUUCUAGUGUGCCAACAUUUUUACAAGAUUUUAUGAACCAUUCGUUGUCCAGCGAAAAAGAGCAGCAACUAUUUUUAUUAAAAGCAGAAAUCUUACAAAUGAAGAAACGCUUAAUGCGGAUGAAAUGUGAAUAUUACAGGAAGAAGAUUGCAUUGGUGGAAUUGAUGAAACAAAAUAGUUUUUGUUCCUCUAGUGCCUGA